CUAGCGGAAACGUUACCGGACACAAUGGCCAGUCGGUUUAACUGCUGUCGUACUGUUUAUCCGGUUGAAUUUGGAGUUGACGGCAGUCUCUUUAAUCACCCCGAAUCCACCAUCACACCAGCUGCUUUCUUAACCAGACUGCCUAUCCACAAUGCGUUGCCAAAGGAUUUGUGUUUUUGAGACAGACCGACAUAGCCUGUUGUAGCAGCAACUUCAACCGGCAGUCCGCAGGGAGAAAGUCCUGACUUCCUUUCCCACUUUGUAGUUGUUCACAGCUUAAGGGAGCUAUGUCUCGUUCUGGGGAUUUGCCUGCCAUAGAAGGUUCUGGUAUGGGGAUGAUGAACCUGCCCACUGGGAUGACCCGACGAGCCCUCAGCUAUGACGACAACCUUGAGGCUCCCAUGUCCACACCCCCUCAUGACAUCAGCAUUAACAAACUAUGGAGACAACCAAUCAUACCUGAGAGGAAGUUCACCCACCUUGCAGAGGAUGAUGAAAGUGGGGCCAUGAGCCAGGCCUCUGCACCAGAUAAUGCCCCCUCUAGGUCACCGGGGGUAGUGAAGGCAAAGGCUUCCUCUGUCAUCAUGAACUCUCUAAUCACCAUAGAGCAGACCCAGGACAGCAUGUACAGCUUUGAACAAAAGGCUGGGCUCACUGAUACCAGCUACACACCGCACAAGGGACUCACUGCCGAAGAGACACGCUACCACCACCGUAUACCUGAAUCGUUCCAAAAACUGAAGAUCCAGAGCGUCAAUGUCCAAGAGGAGAAGCUCCCAUCCUCUGCACAGUCCACCCCCUCUACUACCCCCCACAGCUCCCCAAAGCAAAAACGCAGGAGCUGGUUUGGCAGCACAGGAUCAGAGUUGAGUAUCGGCUCCAAUACCAGUUUGGACCUGGGAGGAGGAGCAGCCACAGUAGGUUCGGAUGGAAAUGCAGGAGGUGGGAUGGUUGAGCGGUGGAGCUUGUUCGGGCAGCGACCUGUCGUCCAGAAGACGACAUCUGACCUGGGAUCUGACCCCACAAACACAACUGGCUUUGCACUGCAGGCUUAUCGUGGUGCCCAGAAGCCCACCCCCAUGGAGGUGAUGAAGGCCCAGGCCUCACGAUUGGCCGAUGACAGUGCCACACAGAAGGUAGCCCCACCCAAGAUGGAGAUCCCCACAGUGGAGGGACAGCGGAAGGGGCCGGGGCAACACAAGCUUAAACAUCGAGACAUGAACAUUCUCACUCCGUCCGGCUUCUAGAAACGACCUUACCUCUCUGGGCAGCAUUCCCCAAGCAACCUCCUACCAAUUUCAGUGUCAUUCCGUUUCAAACACUGCAUUGAUCCCAUUGCAGAAUCACUUUGCCAUUUGGCUAACUAAGGUGCAUUCUUAAGUUGGCUAACGCCGAAUUAAGAAUUCAGCUUUUUCCCUGUCUAAAAGGAAACAGUCAGUAUUUUCAGGAUCUGUGUGUGUGUGUGUGUGUGUGUGUGUGUGUGUGUGUGUGUGUGUGUACAUAUCUAUAUAUAUGUAUAUGUGUGUGUGUAUAUAUAUAUAUAUAUAUAUAUAUAUAUAUAUAUAUAU